GAAAGAGAGAGAGAGAGAGAGAAAUAAAAGAAAAGAAGAAGUGGAAUAGAUAAAUGGAAGGUUAGAAAUAAGAAUACGUAAAAGCAAGGCUAGUUAUCCAAGGGGGAAAGAAGGAAGCAGAAGAACAAUAUCAUAUGACGUGAAAGAUACUUGAAAAUGGUCCUCAAUGCCAUGACGUGGCUGUCAAUGCUGUGGUCCCCAUCUUUUGUCUCCCGAAAUCGGCCCCACACCACUUUUUCUUUUUUACCCAUUUUGCCCCUCCUUCCUCUUCCUCUCCCUCCCCUUUAUAUUCUCUUCUACUUCUCUCCCUCUUCCCCUCACUUUAUUUUCUUCCCCCUUCUUCUCCUCCUCUCUUCCUCUUUUUUUUUUAAUUUUGCUUCUCAUGUCAGCCGCCGUCGCUGCCGCAGCCGCCGCUGCCCUCGGCCGUCGCACCUCCUCCACUUCCACCCCUUCCUCCUCCGAUUCUUUCUACUCCCACUACUACCCCUCGGCUUCCGUCUCUGUCCGACCACCGCCAUUGCUCAGCCGCUACGAGUGCCUCAAACGCCGUGACUGGAAUAGAUUCCGCCAGUACCUGAGAAGCCGCUGUCCGACAUUGAGCCUCGCCUGUUGCAGUGGAGCGAAUGUCGUCGAGUUUCUCUGUUAUCUCGACGAACUAGGGCAGAGUAAAAUUCAUGGCGCCACCUGUCCUAAUUUCGGCCAACGUUACCCGGUGGAUCCUUACUGCGAUUGCCCAACUCAACAGCCGUGGACUACUCUCGUCGCUCUCAUCGGCCGACUCCGUGUCGCGUUUGAGGAAAACGGCGGAAAUCCAGUGACGAACCCAUUUAACACUGUCGACGUCAAAGUUUAUCUCAACGAUGUUAAGGAUUCUCAAGAAAGAUCCCGAGGAAUUGAUCGGUAAGAGAAGGGAAGGGAUUAAGAAUGAAAAUUGAAUUUGUUCUGCUAUAUUCGACGCCGAGCUCGGUGGCUAUGGCGGAUUCUGAUCAAUCAUCGACCGAACUGACAUGAUAAGUUUGAUGACUGUGAAGGAGUUUUAGAUAUAUUUGGAUUAAAAGGAUUAGAUGACACUCCCAAGAAGAAUUUGACUGAUAAAAAUGCUUAAUUUUGGGUUUUAUUUUUUUUGUACAAAUUAAAAGAACUUUUAGUUGAAAGGGGAAAUGGACUGUUGGGGUUGAGAAUAUUUAGAGAAAGAGAAAAUGGGUUUGUUGAUUUCUUUGUUUGUAUUAAAAUAAAAUGAGUGAAUUAAAGUGGAAGUUAAAAUUUUAUGA